GGGAGGCUGUGGGAGAAGGGAGGGACCAGUGGAGAGAGCAAGAGAGAGGGCUCACGAUCCAGUUCGCCCACUAAGCAGAAGAAAGAUCAAAAAACGGAAAAGAGGGGACGAGCAAACAGGCGCUUUCAAGAACAAGCCCCUCAUCUCCAAGAGGACAGCGCCCUAGGAACCCAAAUUCAGUGCCUACCGAAGACAAAGGCUGCCCGAGGGAGCGGCGGCGCGACCCCGGGGCUUGGGCCCUGCCGCGGAGCCCGCACGGCCCGACUGCCUGGACGGUCGCGGACCAUGUCUCCCGCCCCGCGACCCGUCCGCAGUCUGCUGCUCCCCCUGCUCACGCUCGCCUCCGCGCUCGCCUCCCUCAGCUCUGCCCAAAGCUUCAGCCCCGAAGCCUGGCUGCAGCAGUAUGGCUACCUGCCCCCUGGGGACCUGCGUACCCACACACAGCGCUCGCCCCAGUCACUCUCAGCUGCCAUUGCUGCCAUGCAGAGGUUCUACGGUCUGCGAGUGACAGGCAAGGCUGAUGCAGACACCAUGAAGGCCAUGAGGCGCCCCCGCUGUGGUGUUCCAGACAAGUUCGGGGCUGAGAUCAAGGCCAAUGUUCGAAGGAAGCGCUAUGCCAUCCAGGGCCUCAAAUGGCAGCAUAACGAGAUCACUUUCUGGUGAGUCCCACAGGCAAGUGACCUUUCUCACAUCGGGUUACCCUUCCCUAUUGGGGAUGCUUAGAGACCCAGAGGCUCCCUGCCCUACUCACCCAUGUUCCUGGGAAGCAUCCUUGGGAGUAGGGAGGAAAACGGCUCUAAUCCUGAAGCGAGGUGCAGCCUAUGGAGGGGACAACCCAAAGCCAGAAAGCCUUCAAUUCCUGGGGCAGAGGCAUCGUGAAGUGGCAGGAAGAGCCGGUCAGACAAAGGUGGCUGGGCGGUUCAGGCGGACCUGGGAGAGCAGAGGAAAGGAGAGUUUGCCCCUUGUUAUCCUAACACAUUCCCAUCCUCUCCCCACGUGGCGGGACCGCAGCAUCCAGAACUACACCCCCAAGGUGGGCGAAUAUGCCACAUUCGAGGCCAUCCGCAAGGCGUUCCGCGUGUGGGAGAGUGCCACGCCGCUGCGCUUCCGAGAGGUACCCUAUGCCUACAUCCGUGAGGGCCACGAGAAGCAGGCGGACAUCAUGAUCUUCUUUGCUGAAGGUUUCCAUGGUGACAGCACGCCUUUCGAUGGCGAGGGUGGCUUCCUGGCCCAUGCCUACUUCCCAGGCCCCAACAUUGGAGGAGACACGCACUUUGACUCUGCCGAACCCUGGACUGUCCGGAAUGAGGAUCUGAAUGGGAAUGACAUCUUUCUGGUGGCUGUGCAUGAGCUGGGCCAUGCCCUGGGCCUUGAGCACUCCAAUGACCCCUCGGCCAUCAUGGCACCCUUUUACCAGUGGAUGGACACAGAGAAUUUUGUGCUACCCGAUGAUGACCGCCGGGGCAUCCAGCAACUUUAUGGAAGUGAGUCAGGGUUUCCCACCAAGAUGCCUCCUCAACCCAGGACCACCUCCAAGCCCUCUGUUCCUGAUAAGCCCAAAAACCCCACCUAUGGGCCCAACAUCUGUGAUGGGAACUUUGACACCGUGGCCAUGCUCCGAGGGGAGAUGUUUGUUUUCAAGGAACGCUGGUUCUGGCGGGUGAGGAAAAACCAGGUGAUGGAUGGAUACCCCAUGCCCAUCGGCCAGUUCUGGCGGGGCCUGCCAGCAUCCAUCAACACUGCCUACGAGAGGAAAGACGGCAAAUUCGUCUUCUUCAAAGGAGACAAGCACUGGGUGUUUGAUGAAGCUUCCCUGGAGCCUGGCUACCCCAAGCACAUUAAGGAGCUGGGCCGAGGACUGCCUACUGACAAGAUUGAUGCUGCUCUCUUCUGGAUGCCCAACGGAAAGACCUAUUUCUUCCGGGGAAACAAGUACUACCGUUUCAACGAGGAGCUCAGGGCAGUGGACAGCGAGUACCCCAAAAACAUCAAAGUCUGGGAAGGAAUCCCUGAGUCUCCCAGGGGGUCAUUCAUGGGCAGCGAUGAAGUCUUCACUUACUUCUACAAGGGGAACAAAUACUGGAAGUUCAACAACCAGAAGCUGAAGGUCGAGCCGGGCUACCCCAAGUCAGCCCUGCGGGACUGGAUGGGCUGCCCGUCGGGGGGCCGGCCGGAUGAGGGGACUGAGGAGGAGACAGAGGUGAUCAUCAUUGAGGUGGACGAGGAAGGCAGCGGGGCAGUGAGCGCGGCCGCCGUGGUGCUGCCCGUGCUGCUGCUGCUCCUGGUGCUGGCUGUGGGCCUCGCCGUCUUCUUCUUCCGACGCCACGGGACCCCCAAGCGACUGCUCUAUUGCCAGCGCUCCCUGCUGGACAAGGUCUGACCCCCACUGCCGCCCGCCCACUCCUACCACGAGAACUUUGUCUCUGAAGGCCAGUGGCAGCAGGUGGUGGUGGGUGGGCUGCUCCCAGCCGUCCCGAGCCCCCUCCCAACCCCCCCCACCUCCCUUCUUCUCUGUCCCAUGACUGGCCUGUCCCACCCUCCACGCUGGCAUCGCUUCUUCCCUAGAUGAGUCCCCUGGGGGCUGAGCGGCCCCUGCCCCUCAGGGGCCCCCCCGUGGCUUGGUGUGUGUUCAGCCCCAUCUGAAUGUCUUAGGCUCUGCACUUGAAGGCAGGACCCUCGGACCUCGCUGGUAAAGGUCAAGUGGGGUCACCUGCUCCUUUUCCAUUCCCUGACACACCUUUAACCUCUGAACUCUGACCUCAGGAGGCUCUGGGCACUCCCACCCCACAAGCCCCCAGGUGUUCCCAAUUGACAGCCUCCCACCACUCUUUCUGGCGAAAAGAAAUCUAUUCCCCUUGUGCGGGAGACUCUGGGGGAGUGACAGGGUGGGGGCUGCACUAAGACCUUGGGAGGAAAGCUCAGAGAGGGUCAGUCCUCUCCACAAAGAUCUGCCUCUACCCCACCUGCCCCCGAGAACUUCCUCGGAAGGAGCCUGAGCCAUUAAGGACUAAACUGGGGCUGCAGAAACUCUUGACAGCCCUACCCUCCCAAAUGUUAGCCUCCAAUGGGGACGUCAAGGUUGGAAGAGCUGAGGCCAGGGGGUGCAGCUCCCCAGGGUGGAGCCCAGGAUGGUGACUUGGCCCGGAGCCCUGGGGGGGAGACUGGAAGCCGUGGAGAGAACCUUGCUCAAACACAGGCAGCUGGGGUAGGGACCCAGGGGCAGAGCAGUCAGAGGGAACAGGACAGGACCAAAAAGUGAACCAGGGAGGUGCGGCGGGAGUGGACGGCUAGGGGCCGGGCUGGCCAGGCCAGCAGGCAGGGCGUCAGGGUGGGCUGUGGUACCAGGAGGGCUUGUUUUCUGGGCGCUCUCAGGAAGGGCCCGAGAAAGGCACACCUGCUCCUGUGUGGUGCCAUUUUGCUUCUAUCAGACAGCAGGGAGGAGAAGGCAGGGAGCCAGAAAAAGGAGCAGCGAGGGCACACGUCCUGGGACUGGGGACUGGGGACCGAAGUGAGAGCAACCACCUAGUUAGGGAGCCGAGGAUCAGCCAGGCUGCGUGAUGGGGCUGGCAGGCGCCGGGGCGUUUCGGUCAGGUGAGCCCCUCCCUUCCCGAUCCUCCUACUGCUCAGCCCAUCCUACAGGUGUCCUGCCCCCCUUCCCACCCAGCCCACCCAUUUGAAGUCUCCUUCGGCCACCGAAGGUGGUUAUGGUACUGGAGACUUGGGAGAGUGAGAGACCCUGGGGACAGGGGUGGGGGGGGCAGCGAAGGGAGAGGGAUGUCAGGGGUCGGGGGCAGGGGGUGGGAGGAAUGAGGUGAACGGUGCUGGCAAUUCGGCUAAAUUGUCUUGUUUGGGUUUUUUGUUUUGUUUAAUGUAUAUUUUUAUUAUAAUUAUUAUAUAUGAAUUCCCUUCAAAUCGUUCCUUUUUGUUAACAAGGGGGAUAGGGAGGGGUGGGGGUGGGGGGCAGAGGCAUCCGACCCCAGGAACCUGCAGGGCGGGGCUGGGUCAGUGCCCUCUAAGGACAUUUUUGACCUUGUUCAUCCUUUCCACGAAGAAUAAACAGUGUUUC